AUGGCUUUCGUCCUUUUCUUUUGUUUUGGAGUCUUUUUGACUCUGGCUGUCCCCACUGGGUUCUCCAUCACCACUGUGAAAAAGGUCUUCACUGGGAGCUCCGAAGAUGUGUGGAUACACCUCAAGGAGGUCCGAGGGGAACUGGAGGAACUCAAGGAGCUCCGAGGGCAAAUGAAGGAACUCAAGGAGCUCCAAGAGGAACUCAAGGAGAAAAUGGAGUUCCUUCAUCCAUUAUCGGACACGAUGGCCAAUUUUGCCCUGGAGAGACUAGGAGCCAGGAUAUUAACUGAAAAGACUUCAGAGUCCUAUCCUCCAGAAGUGCCAGGAUUGACCCUGUUUGGGUUUACAGUGGUAAGUGCCAAACGGCCUCCACCUGUAAGCCCGAGAACCCUUCUUCAGGGAUGGGCACCAAAUAGUCCGGGGCAGUGCUGGGCCUUUAAAGGUUCAAAGGGACAGCUGUCAGUUGAGCUGUCCCACAGCAUAUAUGUCAGCCAUGUGUCAAUCGGGCACAUACCAAAGAACAUAUCCCCAUAUGGAACCAGAUCAAGUGCUCUGAGGAUGUUCUCAGUGUUUGGAAAACAAAAUAUCGAGGAUCCAAAAAUCUACCUGGGUACCUUUGAGUAUGAUGCCAGUGGAAGGCCACUUCAGCUAUUUGAGAUGGCGGUGAGUCCACUCUGUCAAUAGCCACAUGCAC